AUUUGGGCUCAGCUCUUUCUGCGCGCCGUUGGUUGGUUCUGAGCAGAACCAAUCCACGUGCUGUGCAGCCUACGUCGACCUGCUCGAUGGCGAGCGACAGGCUCAUCCGAGAGUGAACGAACAGCUUCCAAAUGCGGCGAGCAAUCUUUUGUCUAUGGGCGACGGCCUCCACGGGCGUCGCCCUGGAGUCCACCGUGGUCACGGCAGAGGGCGGCCUCGAGGCCACCAUGGCCACCGUGCCGCCGCGGCGCCCCCUGAAGCGAGCGCCCAUGCUCCUGCAGGCCAAGGCCUCUUUACAGCGGCCUGCUGAGGCGGACCGCGCAGCGGACCGCGCCCCGCACUCUGCGCCACUCUCCUUCCUCCAAGAGGACGAGAGAUCCUCGGCGAAGGUGGAGGAGAUCCUGACCGAGGUCAUGGCACCGCCUAUCUUACCACUGCCCAAAGUGAAGAGCCUCCCACAAGCAUCAUCAGCGUCGUCGAUUGACUUCCAGGUGAUGUCAAUGCUGGGCGUGGCUUUCGUGGUGGGACUUGCGGCAGUUUGCACGCUGUACAAGCGGCCCUCAGAUCGUCUCACGCAGGAGGUGGAGAACCUCCCUGUGCUUUUGGGCUCUGACCUGACAAACUGGUCGGAGACUGGAUUAGUGAGAUUGGAAGGACAUAUCGUCUUGGAGGGUCCUCCCUUGACGGCGCCUUUCUCAGAGAAGAAAUGCGUGGUCUACAGUGCUUCGGUGUCCCACCCGCGGCACGACGCGAUCCGGAACCCGCCGGUGGCCUUCGCCUCGCAGCGCACCUCCUUCAGCCUGGAGCUGGAGGAUGCACCCGAGGUCAAGGUCGUCAUCAACGGCGACGUGUCCCUCUUCAGCAUGCAGACGGGGCAGGAGGAGUGGCAACAGGCCUUCACCGAAGCCUCCAAAGGCUGGUGCAGCUUCGUGUUGACGCACUUGGUGUCUUCUACGGAUCACUUCCAGAAGUGCUUGGACCUGGGCUCCGACGGCGUGUCCCUGGACUUCCGCGAGUCCGCGCUGCUCGUGGGCAGCCACGUGACCUGCGUGGGGCAGGUGGUGAAAGCUGCAGAUGGUCGAUGGACGCUGUGUCCGGGGAAGCGGAGAGCCAGCUGGGGCCUCAAGAGAAAGGAUCCCCUGGCAGGCCAAGUCUUCAUCACCGACCAUCCGGAUCUCCACGCAUGACGGGCGCUCUUUUCGAGCAGCUUUGCUCAGCGGAAAAGCGGAUCCGAUUUCGGUGAAGCCCAG